AUGGAGUUGACACGGAUCGCGUGGCGCCUUUUGGCUGUGACAUGGGCUCUUGCCAGCAUCGCGAACGGGUACGCAUACCUGCCUGUAAGGAACCCCUGUGCCAACCUAUCGUUGUCGCCAUGGCAAUCCGGGGCAUGCAAGCAGCAAAGCUGCUUUAAUCGCAAAAGGCAUGUACAGCGCCGCUUCACCGGCGUAUUCGCCGAACCUAGCGCCGAGCACACGGCUGAUGCUGGCGAUGAUCGGAAGCGGAAGAUCCUGUUCCUCCGUACCUCCACUGGGAAGGGCACCCAGGAAUGCUACGAGGCGCUGACAAAGGCUGGCGGUGACCUACGUGCGGCGCUCGACAUCAUCAGAAGCGGCAUGGACAACUACGUUGCGUCGAGCGGUGCGUUACUCAUAUAUCCAUAUAAUGUCUUGUUAGGCGGCGGGGAAUCUGCGCCGGUGGUGGACCUGCUGCACGGCCGAGUAGCCACCGUCAUGACCCCUGACAUGGCCGCAGUGCUCGAGCUCCGGUGCGAAACUGACUUCGUGGCACGCAACAACGUGUUCAUGGCGUUGGCGAAAUCUCUGGCCAACUCCGCUCUUGCCGUCAUGCGGUCCGCAGACGCCUCUGCGCAGGAAUUGGACGCCGAGUGUGUUGGCAACAAAAUGAUGGAGGCGCGCUGCAUCAGAUGUUCCAAGACCCCCAGAGAAGCUGCUGCUCUAGCUAAGAUGGCGCUGCACGAAAGGCUGAUCGUCACCAGGUUGGGAUUCAUCAAGGCGGCGCCGCAGGAGUGCCUCACGUCAUACCUCCACGGGGCGCUGGUGGCCACCCACCCGUUGAAUAAGGUGGGGUCGGCAGCGGCUCUGCUGAAGUACACGUUGACCGGCGCCCCGGACUCAGCCGCAGGCAGCAGCGCCGUGCCCGCGGCCGCCGAUCUGCUGACGCCCAUCACGCACGACCAUGAAAGCGUCCCUGAGACCAAUUGCGUUUCGGUUGGAGCCGAAUGCAUCUACGCAGAAAUGCCCGCAGUGGAACCCUCGUUGCUGUCGGACGGCGACGUCGGCUUGACACGGAGCAUCAAGACGUUCACGAAGCAGGUCACGCAGCACAUCGUCGGCGCCCGGCCUGUCGCGAUGACCCUGGACGACUACGACCCGGAGAAGGUCAGCGCCGCGCGGUCGGAGUUGGAGGCCGAGGCCCUGGCUUCGGGGAAACCCAAGGACACCGUCGACCGCAUCGUUUCGGGUCGGCUGCGCAAGCAAUUCGGGGAGUUCGUGUUGAUGGAGCAGUCCCGAAAGACCACAAUGUGCAGAAAUGGCCGUUCGACGGCGGCAAGCCCUCCGUGGGCAGCGCCGUGCAGGACUUCGAGAAGAGGAACCGCGCGAAGCUGGAGCUGA